UGAAGUCCCCGCGCAGGCUUCAUACGAGGUUGCAUUGUAGAACUCGGCGGUAGCAAAAGUCAGGCGAGAAGGAAUUUUUCUGAGAGAGACUACAUAAUCGUCAUGUAUCGGUAAUCGUUUUUGCUCCUUGUCUCUCACAUCCCUCAGUCAAUCACUUCACACUAUCACAAUGGUCGCCAUCAAGUCUAUCCUCGCCAUCGCCAGCUUCGGCACCCUAGCUGCCGCCGUCGCCAACGUCGGCGACACCUGCAACUGGGACCCCAAGCAGCCCGUCAAGACCGAUUGCGGCCCUGACGGCCAGCAGUCUCUCAUCUGCCAGAGCGACAACAAGUGGCACCUGUCGACUCUCUGCAAGAAACCUACCGUCUGCCCGCCUGGUGGCGGCUUCUGCGUCAUCCCCGUUCCUUUCUGAGCGCGUGAACAUCCAUACGAUGCGCGAGCUCCAUUUGGGUGAUGCAGGGCUUCUAAGAGGAGGGCAAAGAACGCACAUGUGUAAAGAAGCGCCUUCGCUAUGCAUCGGAGGAGGGAUUACCUAUCGAGGAGGUCUCUUUCCUUGUUGGAAGCAAAUAGUCGUGGACAUAAUUUUACGGCUACAGUGAUCAUUUAGGACAGACCAAAGCGUGGCAUCGCCACUACCAAUGAUGAAAUUUCAAAGGACUUCGCUG